ACAAGUAAAUAUAGAGUUAAUAGGUUUAACUUAAAAUCUGCAUUCCAUGGAUGCCUCUCAUGUCCUUACUCACUUUUUAGUGGUUUUUUUCAUAGGUCUCAAAAUGUGUGCUGCAUCUGAUUCUCCCUCCAGACCAAUUGAGACAUUUGUCUUUAUGGACCUAGAAGCAACAGGUUUACCCCCCUAUCGACCUAAAAUUGCCGAAAUGUGCUUGUUUGCUGUGACCAGACAUGCCUUGGAGAACCCUCAGUACAGCAAUUCUCAUCCUAAGCCUAUUCCUCUCAUCCCUCGUUUAGCAGAUAAGCUCUGUAUCUGUAUUAAUCCAGAUAAGCCAUUCACCCCAAUGGCAAAUUCCAUAACAGGACUGUCCAAUAAAAUGUUUUCACAGAACAGAAAACAAAGCUUUAAUGUACACAUUUGGCAGAUGAUGAUAGCUUUCUUCAAUCGACAACAUCCACCAAUCUGUUUGGUAGCCCACUAUGGCGAUGGCUAUGAUUUUCCCUUGCUGAAAGCUGAACUGUCUGCACUGGGUCUCCCGGGGCUUGAUGGAAUCUACUGUGCAGACACUUUGGAAGCCCUGAAAGCCCUGGACAGAAAGAACAACCGGCUUCACCAGUUAAUGUAUGAACCUAUGCAAUAUGACAAGAAGACAAAAUAUGGACUUAGUGAUUUAUAUUUUGAAUUCUACAAAACGUAUCCUUUGAAUAGUCACAGUGCAGAAGGAGAUGUCAUUACACUGAUCAGUGUCUUUCAACAACGUGCCAGAGAUCUUCUGUGCUGGAUGGAUUCAAAUGCAAGGUCUUUUAAUACCACUAGAGCCAUGUAUGAGGAGAAUGAAAGGUAUCCUGCCUUUUCUCAAACACCUGAGAAGAUUCAACAAACAUAUCCCAAUUGUUUACAGAUAAGAUCACAGCAACAGGGAGCACAAAGCUGUCCAUUCAGUCAAGGUGAUAUUGAACCACUGGCUCAUAAGUGCAGUUGUCCAGUCAAGGCAAUCCUCCGAAAAGCUGGAAGGCUGAAAGCCUGUGAAGAACUUGCAUUGGAUGAACUGUAUCCUUUGGAGCCAGAAGCUGAUGAUCAAGAAAUGGAAUGCAACGUGAGCGAAAAGCUGAGCAAGAGGGAGGAGGCAAGGCUACAAAAGCAGCUCCACAGCUUCCAGGAGCGAAGCUGA